AUGAGGGAAAAGAAAUACCAAAGGGCAUAUAGAGAAAAGAUACCAAGAAAGGAAAAAGGAAAAGAUACCAAGGAUACGACAAGAAAAAGACAUCAAGGAAGGAGAAAGAAAAAGAUACAAAGGGACAAAAGAGAAAAAAAGGAAAAGAUACUACUGGGACAAAAAGAAAACGAUACAAAGGAGACUAAAAAGAGAAUAUACCCAUGUAUAAAAAAUAAAGACCCCAAAGGACCAAAAAGGAACAUACUCCAAAGGACCAAAAAGGAAAAGACACCAAAAGGCCAAAAAGAAAAAGAUACCAAGGGGACAAAAGGGAAAAUAUUUAGAAGGGCCAAAAAGGAAAAGACAACAAAGUGCCAAAAGGGAAAGAUACCAAAGGACCAAAAAAGGAAAAGACACUUAAGGGUCAAAAAAGAAAAGAUACCAUGGGGACAUAAGAAAAAGAUACCAAGGGUAGAAAAAGGAAAAGAUACCAAGGGAGGCAAAAAGGAAGAAAUACAAAAGGUCCAAAAAUACAGAUACCAAGGAAACAAAAAGAAAAAGAUACCAAGGGGCCAAACGGAAGAGAUACCAAGGGAACAAAAAAAGAAAGAUACCAAGGGAGGAAAAUGGAAAAGAUACCAAGGAUGA